AUUUCUUUUUUUAACAUUUAUCUUUUGGGGGGCGGCUGGGUGGCUUAGUGGGGAGUUCCAGGCCUGGAGCCGGGGAGAGGGGUCUUGGGCUCGAAUCUGGCCUCGAACUCUUCCUCAGUUGCAGCACAGUAGGUCUUCGGGGCUUCAGGUCCAGAGUCUGUGGUGUCCAUCUUUCGUCAAAGCAGAGAACAGGCGUGAGGCCGGAUGCCUGGGCCCAAGGGGGCCGGCAGGGAAGGGUCGUUCUCCGUGGGAGUCUGUGGAACUCCCUUGUGCUCAUGAUAUUGGGGGCCUCUGCCGCUCUCCCAGAGAGAUGGGACAGGAGCCGGGUCUACAGGGGUUAGAGCUGGUGAAGACCCGCAGGGCUGAAGAGGGGCCGGACACGGGUCCGGUGCAACAAUCUAAGGGUCUCGGUGGCUGUAACGCCAUCCUUCCAGUUCAGACUCUCAGGCCAGAAAACAGAGCACCAGCUUGAAGGCUCAGGGAUGCUUGUGGUCACCAGCCGAACCUGCCCUUUUUACAGAGGAGGAAAUUGAGGCCUGAGGCCGGACAGGACCUUGAUUUGGCCAGUCAGAGUUACAUCCCUCCUUAACCUUCUUAAUCAAAGUCAGAGAAUCUAAGCUAGAGAUAAUUGGGACAGGACAAAGCCUUCGUUCCCCUGCCAAGAAGGAAGAGGAGGAGCGGAGGGGAAAGGUACCGCGGUGUUUGAAGCGGAGUGAGGGUGGGCGGGGAAAUGAAGGCGCGACUCAGACUAUGUAUCCCAGAAUGCCCGCUGAAGACCGUUCACAGGGCCGGUGCAUUAUGGGAGUGCGUCAUCUGGCUGUCCUUCUAGGCAACUGUGGCCCUGCCCUAUUACGGCAGCUCGCAGAGUCCCAUGAGCGAGAUUCCGGGAGGAGUGCACAUGCGUAUUCCAGCUCUGGGCUCUGCCUCCUCCAUUCUACGGAAGUUUGUAGAGUCCGUGGGAGAGGGAGGGCAGGAAUGCCCACCGGCGUGUCAGUCGUGGGGUGAAGAUCGUAGUGCGCACGCACAACCCAGUUGUCUUCCCCCUCCCCCUCUUCACUAUAGAUUCCGGGGCCUCAGCUUUAGUGGAAGGAGAAGGUGGUCUCGGAUUUCCCCUCAAGGAAGGGAGUCCAACCCAGGAGAGUAUCCCUACUCUGUAACUUUUCAUCCAGCUCCAGGGCAGUAUUGAAGCCAGUCCUUCUCCCAGCUUGGCAGAAAGGACGUGAGUGAAUUCAGAGCAAUGAGAAAACAAAAAGGAUGGGCAAGAAUGGGAGACAUGGAGCUGACACACCAGGAGAUGGUUUAGAAUUCCAGGAGCAUCAGUGGGGGAAUGGAAUCAUCCCAGUAUAUGGCUCUUCCCGAAGUCAGCAACAUAGAGGCGAAGGAAGGAGGGACUUCUGGAGUCCUGGCUGCCAGGUUUCAGGAAACUUUGACAUUCAAGGAUGUGGCUGUGGAAUUCACCUGGGAAGAGUGGAGACACCUGGAUCCUGCCCAGAGGGCCCUGCACAGGAAUGUGAUGUUGGAGAACUAUGAGAACCUGAUCUCCAUAGGGAUUCCUGUUUCCAAACUAGAUUUGCUCUUCCUGUUGAAGAGGGAAGAUGUACAGAAUCUAGAGGGAGAAGCUGGGACAGCUGCUUGUAUAGAGAUUCCCGUUUCCAAACUAGAUUUGCUCUUCCUGUUGAAGAGAGAAGAUGUUCAGAAUCAAGAGGGAGAAGCUGGGACAGCUGCUUGUAUAGAAGGAAAGAUCAGACUUGAAAUGAAAGAGAUGACUGCAGAGCUAAGCCUUUCUGGGGACGAAACUCAGAGGCAAAGAUGCAUUGGUGAUGGUGCCUGUGAUUCCACUUGGAGAGAAAACUUGGAUGUACAUCAGAGAAUCCACACUGGAGAGAAACCUUAUGAAUGUAAUCUGUGUGGAAAGGCUUUUAUACAAAGGGGCAAGCUUACUGUACAUCAGAGAAUCCACACUGGAGAGAAACCUUAUGCAUGUAAUCUGUGUGGAAAGGCUUUUAUGUGGAGGCACAGGCUUACUGUACAUCAGAGAAUCCACACUGGAGAGAAACCUUAUGCAUGUAAUCUGUGUGGAAAGGCAUUCAGAUCUAGAAUGAGUAUGGUUAAACAUCAGAGAGUCCACACUGGAGAGAAACCUUAUGAAUGUGGUCAGUGUGGAAAGGCAUUCAGAUCUAGAAGGAGUAUUAUUGAACAUCAGAGCAUUCACACUGGAGAGAAACCUUAUGAAUGUGAUCAAUGUGGAAAGGCUUUUACCCAAAAGUCUGGUCUUUUCAUACAUCAAAGAAUCCACACUGGAGAGAAACCUUAUGGAUGUAAUCAGUGUGGAAAGGCUUUUACACACAAGUCUGUUCUAACUAAACAUCAGAGAAUCCACACUGGAGAGAAACCUUUUGAAUGUAAUCUCUGUGGAAAGGCUUUUAUACAAAGGGGCGAGCUUACUGUACAUCAGAGAAUCCACACUGGAGAGAAACCUUUUGAAUGCAAUCUCUGUGGAAAGGCUUUUAUACAGAAAGGCAAGCUUACUGUACAUCAGAGAAUCCACACUGGAGAGAAACCUUAUGAAUGUAAUCAGUGUGGAAAGGCUUUUAUACAAAGGGCGAGUCUUACUGUACAUCAGAAAAUCCACACUGGAGAGAAACCUUUUAAAUGUAAUCAGUGUGGAAAAGCUUUUAUACAAAAGGCGACUCUUACUGCACAUCAGAGAAUCCACACUGGAGAGAAACCUUUUAAAUGUAAUCAGUGUGGAAAAGCUUUUAUACAAAAGGCGAGUCUUACUGCACAUCAGAGAAUCCACACUGGAGAGACUACUUAGGAAUGUAAUCAGUGUGGAAAGUCUUUUACACAGAAGUUUGGUCUUACUGUACAUCAGAGAAGUCACACUAGAGAGAAAUCUUAUGACUGUUACUGGCUUAGUAAAGUCAUCAGUCAAAAUCAACCCUUAUUUCCCCUCAGGCAGUGCCAAGUCAGUAAACAGCAGUCCUUGAGGGCAGCUGUGUCGACCCCAGCCAUACCUUUGGGAACUUUUGCUCUACUGAUGACCCUGGGGUCAGGCUGCUAAUUAAAGGAAGAUUGCAGGACCCUCCACUGGCCCUGGACGUGGGGCCUCAGCACAUUGAUCAGACAUGAUCCCAAAAAUGAAGUUUUGGUAUAAUGUUUAUGACAGAAUAUUGUUGUGCUAUAAGAAAUGAUGAGGACAAUUUCAGAAAAAAACCUGACAAGCAUUUCAUGUACUGAUUAAAAGUAAAGUGAGCAGAAUACGGAGAACAUUGAACACAGUAGUUGCAAUAUUAUUCAGUGGUCAAGUGUGAAUGAAUUAACUAUUCUUAGCAAUACAAUGAUCCAAGACAAUUCUGAAGGACCCUGGAUAAAAAAUGCUACUUCCAAAGAAAACUGAUGGAGUCUGAAUGCAGAUCAAAGUCUUCCUUGAUUUGAUUUGCUUUUUGUCAGGUCUUGAUAUGCAGGGGGAAGAAGAAUGCCUCAAAUUCUCUUCAACUGGAGACUUAAAUCAUGUUACUUCAAGAAGCAUUUCUCAAUCAGUUCUCAUUUAUAAAGCACCUACUAAGGGCCAGAUAGUAGACUUAAGUGCUAAGGAUUAAAAAAAAAGGAUGAAAUGAUAACUCCCUGGAGGAGCUUGCAUUCUAAUGGUGUAAGUCAAAAAGCAUUUAUUAAACAUCUGAGACCCCAAGAAAUAGUAGUCGCUGGAGAUACCAGGCUUUGAUUAAAAACAAAAACCGGAAACAACUCGCAAAUACUAAGAUCCCUCAUCCUAGCAUGCCGACAUGUGCAUUUCCAUUUCUACUAGUGAGGUCUUAGUUCUCAGAAAGGCUUAUUAAGUCCUGUAGCAGAAGUUAGAGCCAAAAUAGGGGCCUGUCGAGGAGCCUCUAGAAGUUUUACUUCUAGAAAUUUAAAACAUAGGAAUGAGGAAACAAUGGCUGAGGCACUUCCCAGAUAUAGCUCAUAGCCUGCUAAAAGGUCUAGCUCAGAAAUUACUUCAUUCUUUGGAGUUCCUGAAAGGCUUCUGGUUUUAACAUGAGUUGAAGGUCCUGAAUAAGCAACAAAUCUGGACCCAGAGCCAUAAACAAGUCCAGUCUCGAAGCUACACAGGACAAGAGAGUUUCCAACAAAGCAAUCUGGUUUUCCAGAUUAAUCAAUCAGAUUUGAUUGAUUAAUAUUUUUCCUUCAUGCCUGAAAGGAGAUAAACAACUUUCUCCUUCCAGACUGAAUCCUUUUGGUGACAGACAAACCAACCAAGCCAGAGACAGUGAAUGCAAUCUCAUGGGCACAUCUGUCAGUGGAGGUAACCUACCCUGGGAGUCAAGUGUUCUGAUCCUCUGGGGAAGAGGGAGGCCUGAGACAGCCACUGUUUGAUAAAAUUGCUCAGAGAUCUUCUUAUGUCAGUCUUCUUAUUGACACUACUGGAAUCACUGAGUAUGAAUAAUAUAAACUGUAUAUGGUUCUAGUGGCUCCAUCUAUUUCUUGCUAGAUGGGUACAAUGAGCAAAAAUUGGACCUUCACCCUAUUUGAAUAGCCCUCUGCCCCUCCUUAAUCAAUGAUUUUACCCCUAGAUUCAUUGCUAAUCAAUAUAAUCCAGUUUAAAGCCAUUCCAUAAGGGGACUGAUUAUUUCUUGUGUAUCAAAAGACAUUAUUGUACAUUGAGUCGGUUAAGGAUAAUCAACUAAACCCAAUACGUAAUACAAUUCAGAAUAAUUAGAGUAGGUUAAAUAGGUCCCAUCUUAUAGUAGAUUUUCAACUUGUCAUUAAUAUGUACUUGGCUGAGCACAAGAGUGUCCUAACUAGAGGACCUCCAUCGAUGUGGCCUGAUGACUAUGUGUCCCCAUGGGCAAGGAAGAUUCCCAGACCUCCAUCCUCGACGAGUAGAGAAAUGCUUUAAUGGGUUGGAAGGUCCCUGCAAAAUGUAAAAUGUCCACUUGUUAUGGGUCCGUUGCCCAUCACUUGGGUGGGAUUCUGCCUGCUCUGUACUUACAUUUGUAAGCCCAUUACUCAACAAUAGAGGUGGAGAUCUACUAGCCCUUUACUCUGUGAACCCCAGAGUGACUGUGGGAUUUCCAAGGAGAUUCUGUACUAUCCCAUCUGAACUGUCUGGGACUUAAGGAUUAUAAAACUUGACUCUGAACAUGAGGCAGUCUCAGAUAGUGGCCAGGUCCCUUUAAUAAAAAGUAAUUGGCUCAGAGCUCUGCCUCAGUGACUUUAUUUAUAGUUUAGAUCAUUUCUGGCAUUAUAUUAUGGUUACCCCAAAUAGGAUGAUGAGGUGUAGACCUUCCCUAGAUGCUCCAUCUCAUUCCUCAUGGUACUCCUCCCACUUUAAAAAAUAGGAAGCUAGUACCUGGAUGAAUUUUCACCAUUGGCUCACCCACCAACAAAGACUUGGGUUGGUGAGACUCUCUACUGUUCCUACCCAAAUUUUUCAAGCUUAAGAUAUCUCCCAAAGGCUACAGAUUGGUGAGUUUACCUGAAAUCACUCCCCCACAACACCCCACAAAUUUAAAAGGGUAAAAGGUCCCAAUUGUAUUAAAAGUGACUAUUUGGGUUUAUGACUAAAUUAUGUGAAUUAACCAGGCAGACAGUCUUUUAUCACCCUUUGGGCAUAGUUCCAAAUUGCCCUCCAGAAUGGUUGGAUCCAUUCACAGCAAUGAAUUAAUGUCCCCAUUUUGCCACAUCCUCUCCAGCAUUAAUUACUUUCCUUUGCUGUCAUGUUAGUCUGCUAGGUGUGAGGUGAUACCUCAGAAUUGUUUUGAUUUGCAUUUCUGAUUAUCAGAGAUUUGGUAUACUUUUUCAUGUGCUUAUUAAUGGUUUUGAUUUCUUUCACUGAAAAUUGCCAUGGCCCUUGCCCAUUAUCAAUUGGAGAAUGGCUUGAUUUUUGUACAAUUGGUUUAGUUCUUUGUAAAUUUGAGUAAUUAAACCUUUGUCAGAGGUUUUUAUGAAGAUUGUUUCCCAAUUUGUUGCUUCCCUUCUGAUUUUUGUUACUUUGGGUUUGUUUGUAUAAAACCUUUUUAAUUUGA